GGUCUGUCUUUUCUCCGCGGCUCGUCUCUGUUCGUGACGUGGAGAACAAAGGUCGCGUGUCUGACAUCCUGUUUGUUUUCCAGGGACCGUCUCGCUGUUUGCCUCGCGCACAGACGUUCAGCUCAUCUCCGGACUCAUCAUGAAUUUUUUUCUGGAAACCCUUCAAGUCAUCAUUUUGUCUUUUUGGUACAAUUUGGAAUCUUUAUUUUUUUUCUUGGUGCCAAGAAAGAAGAAGAACAUCAGUGGAGAGGUGGUUCUGAUCACGGGGGCAGGGAGUGGUAUUGGUCGUCUCAUGGCCCGUGAGUUUGCAGCCCUCGGUACUGUUCUGGUGCUGUGGGACAUUAAUGAGGAGGGAGUGAAGGAAACGGCUCGGAUUAUUAAAAGCAGCGGAGCCAGCAGGGUCCAUUGUUUUGUCUGUGAUUGCAGUGACAAGAAGGAGGUUUACAGAGUAGCUGAACAGGUUAAGCGGGAAGUGGGUGAUAUCAGCAUACUGGUAAACAAUGCUGGAAUUGUGACGGGAAAGAAAUUUAUGGAUUCUCCAGAUUCUCUCAUUGAGAAGACGAUGGAAGUAAACACAAUGGCUCAUUUUUGGACCUACAAGGCCUUUCUUCCUGCCAUGAUCGCCAACAAUCAUGGUCAUCUUGUCAGCAUUGCCAGCUCUGCUGGGCUCAUAGGUGUCAAUGGAUUGGCAGCUCACAAGUGGCCGAGAGUCCUGCCUAUCCUGAAUGCAGAAAUUGUAGCCAAGAAGAUUAUUCAUGCUGUCCUCACAGACCAGGUCUACCUGUUAUUGCCAAAGAGCAUGUAUUUCAUUGCUGGUCUAAAAAACAUCCUGCCCAUGAAGCAGGGCCUUCUGCUGGGCCAGUACCUGGGAGCCUUCAACCUCAUGGACACCUUCAGGGGGCGAUCUAAAAAACAAGAAUGAGAGAAUUAUGAAGUUAUGACUGAAAUGAAAGGAGAAAUGCACAUUUUGAUGUCAUGCCUGUUCACAGCUAAUGAUAUUAUACAGAAUGUAUUGAUUUAAUGCAGCAUAAAACAGUACAUGCUUAGUGUUAUUCUUGUUCCAGUUGUCAGGAUGAUUUGUUAAAUUUGUGUAACAUCUGCUGUCAUUACAAUGGAAGUUCCUUUUAAUAACAGUAUAUAGCUUUUAAACUUAUGUACCUAUGCAUUAACAAAACAGACCAUUCCUUGUAAUUUUCAAAGUAUUUCAGUGUUGCUAUGGCAUAUUAUUCCUUCAGAUAUUCAGACAUUUAAUGCAGCCAGUUGACCUUAAUUUUUUAUGUAUGACUUGAUUGUCUUUGUGCUGGCUCAGGAUGGGAGACUGUG